GGAGCUUUCCGGAUAGACGACAUCGAAGGUGACGUUGGGUCUCCGCAUACAUUUUUGAUGUGUGGAAGCGGCCUCGGGAGAAAGGCGGGGAAGGAAUUGCCUGCGCUCAACCCUCCUUCCACCAUCAACGUUUCCGCCCUCAACCCCGGAUUUACGGACAGCACCGAGCCUUAGUCCACUCCCAACUUCAUCUGCUCGAAUACCCUCAUGUUGCCUCUGGCCCGUUGUUUUCACCAAGACCCAUGCACGCCUAGGAGACGGGGCAACUGAACCGACCCUAUUCUCGUCCGCUCAAACCUGGUCGGGGACUUUGCCCUGGACACCGCGUCGUGCGAACUAGUCAAAGGCCUGCGGUUUAAGCAGCUUCAUUGCCAUGCGGCAAAAGGCCAGCAAAAUCGACCAGCCCGGCUCACCAUCUACAGCUUCUGGAAUUCCGAAGGGCUGGCCGCAGGAUGUCGUGUACUUGCGUGCACCCUCCUAUUCUAGGAAGCUCAAAAGCGACAUAAUCAACUCUCUAAUCUUGCCCAAGUCAAACCCUUCGCAGGGCGAACCGGCUCGAAAGACCGGCGGACUAUACUCAAACAUCAAGAUCACUCCCAUAGCAAGCAAUUCACACCCUGCUAUCGGCCAAUACGGGCUUUUUGCCAACCAGCAUCUUCUUCCAGAUUCGUUCGUCCUCUCUUAUCUUGGCUACGUCCACGAUCAGACCGACACCGACGAGACAUCCGAUUACGAUCUAUCCUUGGAUCGUGAGCACGGCAUUGGGGUCGACGCAUCUAAGAUGGGCAACGAAGCAAGAUUCAUCAACGAUUAUCGGGGCGUUUCAAAUAGCCCAAAUGCUGAGUUUCGGAACAUUCUCGUAGACGUGGGUCAUGGCAAGGUAGAAAAGAGAAUGGGAGUCUUCGUGCUAAGUGCCGGGAAGAGCGGUAAAAGAGCCAAGGGAAUUACCAAGGGUGACGAAAUUCUCGUCAGCUACGGAAAAGGAUUCUGGAGCGGACGCCUUGCUACGCAAGAGUGAUGACACGCGUACGAAUUUUUCUACCAACGGCGGGGCUAGCGCCACACCCAUGCCGUCGUCUCUUGACUCCUGCGUGCCCUUGGACAGACCAAGCCGAUGCAACGCACAAACAUUCAAAGGAGACGCUCAUGGACGGCUGGUUUACUGGGCACCGAAGGACUAAGCACUAAUGUCUCCCACGAGUCCUUGGGAAAGCGCUUGGCUGAGGUCCCUCCGCUCACUCAAUAUGUCCGGCAAGAUGGCGAAUUCGUCCGUGCCUUGAUGGUGGUCAUAUUCUCUAUUGCGGCCACUAGAAUGGUGGAAAUCCUCGUCGAGCUAGACGACAGACUGACUUCGCCUUGGACGUCACUAAACGAACGCAGAGGUUCCCCCUUAGGAUUGUUGCAGUGCAAG